CAAACGAAAACAUUAAAAAAGAACAUUUUAAUUAGGUUUUUAAAGCAAUAAUAAGAAUUAUUUGCAAUAUAUAAAAAUUCCGGCAUGCAAUUGCGAACGCUUUUAAAUUAGAGAAAAUGGUCAACUUUCUUAUAAAAUUUUGUGCAGAAAUCUAAUAAAUUUUAUUAUUUAAAGAUUUUAUGAAUUAGCGACAGGAAUUAUUAAAUUUAUUAUUUUUUGCCAAUUUUAAUAGAAUGUAAAGUUUUUCUAUUGUAAAAAUUAAUAAAAACGACCAAAAUUUUUUUCUAAAAAAUAAUUAUGUAAAAAUGAAAGAUAACUUCCGCAACAGCGAUUGCUUAACAAAUUUUGUUUUAAUAAAAUGGUUUUUUUGGAAUAUUGUUAGAAAAUUUCUUAUAAAUAACAAGAUACUCAUAAUUUAAUAAAAAAAUGGAUGAGCAAAUAAACCGAACUAUUUUAGAUAAUUUUGAUGUCGAAAGUGUUCAACAUGAGAUAUAUAAAAUGAGUGGAACGGAAGUUCUAAAAGGAUUAGAAAAUGGUUCAUUACAAUUUAUAACGGUUCCGAGAGAGGAAUUCAUUGAUCAUACAUUGUUGCCUGAGUAUAUAACAACACACGGAUUUAUCAUUGAUACCAUGCUAGAUGGGGCUAACACUUCAACAAACGAAUCGUUACAACAUUCUACAGCUUCGUAUAUAGCCCAUCAUUCUGGCCAAACACUAGUAAACUCAAACGAAAUUCAGUUACCAACAAAUAUAGAUGAACCUGAUAAGCAAUUAAAUGCUGCUUUAUUGCGAUUUUUAAAAAGUGGAAAUGUAAAAGUAAACGGUGGAAACACUUCAGAAACUCAAGUAAUUGUAACGAAUAAAGAUUUAAUUAAUUUAACGGGAACUCAAGUAAUUGAUGCAACAAUAAAAAACGAUAAUUCGAAUAGCUUAGAUACUAGCACAUUUUUGACAUUCAAUGAUGAUCAGUCAGGCUUAUCUAAUUCCUUAAUAAGUGAUGGUCAAUUCAGAAUAUUUCAGCAACUUUCACCAAACACUCAUCAGCAACAACAGCAUAUCCAAAUUAAUGCAUUAAACAAUUCUUCAUUACCUCAAUUAACCCCAAUUAGAAGACUGAAUCGAAGUCGUAAAAAUUCAAUUAGUUUGAAUAUUACAGACCAGCUAACUAUCGAUGAUUUGAAAACUAACACCGAAAUAGAACAAAUUCAGAGUUUUCAGCAUAGGCCAGCAGCUAAAAGAAUUUUACCUCAUAAAAAGCGAAUCACUAAAAAAUUAAAGUCUAUUGAUGGAAAUCAAAAAGUUGAUGUUUUAUUUCAACACUCAGACAAUUCUGUGAAAUCAACAAAUUCGCAAAUACAAUUUUUUCAAGAUUUAAAUGAAGAAAUUAACGCUGAUGAAGUUAUUAAUUUGAAUUCCCCACCUCAAUUUUCGUGCCAAAUUUGUGGAGCAGGAGCAGAAUCUCAAUUAGAUUUUUUUGCACAUUUAAAGCUACAUUAUGAGCCUAAACCUGAAAGUGGUGAAAUUUUAGAAGCUCCUGUAGUCAAAAAUCAAUCCCAAAAAGAAUUUAUAACGCAGCAGUCCCAAUCUGAACCUCAAAUUCAGAUGUCAAUGAAUCAACAACAGUUCACACAAAUACCUUUGAUUAAAAGGGCAAAUCAAGUAACUCAAUCACAAAGAUUACAUCAGAAUCACACACAACCAUCUAACAUAAACGAAACAAUGCAUUUGCCUCACAUGAGGAGGCAGAUUUCACCUAGUGACUUGCAAAAUAUCUCUGUUCAACCAGUUAGAGAAAAUCAUCAUACAGAUUCAGAAGAAGGAUACAUAUUAACUACUAAAAAAAUUGUUGAAUCCCGAGAUUUGCCCGAUGUUACAAAUUUUGCUUUUGAAGGAUUCGCACCAAUGGGAUCUGUAUCGAACCACUCACAUUCAUCUCACACGGUUGUAGCAAAAGAUAUUAUGAAUAGUACGCAUGAAUAUGAAAUUUUAGACUCUUCUUUAACGAAUCAUUUGCGGCAUGAAAAUGCGCAUCAAAUGCAGUUAACGAAAACAGAUUUUCUUCCUCUGCAAUCCGCGAGUGAACAUCAAAUAACACUACCUUCGCGAGCUUUGUUAAAUUCAAUGCAAGUUGAAGAUUCAAGAAUGUUGUUACAUCAAGGAUCAAGGUCUAACGCAUUAAGUAAAAAUUGUGAAGUAAAAUCUCAAAGUUCGCACAUUUUACAAAAUAACACGGUUUAUAGUACAACUACAAUUCCAACAAGUUCACAAAUAGAACAAAGUUUAUUUGAAAAUCCUCAAUAUUUUGAAGCAAAAUUCAAUAGCUUACCUAACCAGGUAUUGAACUUAGAACAUAAAAUUGAUACAAUAAGAGUUGAGAACGAUAUUUCACAUUCAAUUUCUAACCGAAAAGAUAACUUAAUUAACUCAGGAACUUUAUCGCAACCCUCUUUAAUUUGUGAAGAUCAAAAUAGCUUGCAUCAACUUCAUAUUGCAAAUUCCCAGUCUGCGAACGAAGGUGAUGGAACUGAGAAUAUUACACCUAGUAUCGGCGAAUUAAAUGAAACUUCUCUUCAAACAAAUUCACAUAAAUCAAGUACAAAUGGUAUUGUUAUAUUACAAAAUGAUGAAGUUGAAUUUAGUGACCCUGAAGAUAUGUUAGAAGGUAUUCGUGGUGUCGUUGAUAAGGUACAAGAGUCAUUUGAUACUGGAGAUGAAAUGGAUGCAAUGAGUCCACCUAGAAAUAAUUGGUUUCCUAAUAAUGGUUUUAAUAGUGAAAUUAAUUCUAAAACUAUCUGUGAUCCUACGCGUUAUGAAACAAUAACUCCAGUUGAAAAUUUCCAAAUAUUCUUUAAAAAUGAUGAAAAUAAUGAUAUGAAAAAGGAAAGUGCAAAAAAAGUUAGCGAAUUAUCCGAGCCUGUGGUUAAUGAAGAACCAUCUGAAUUACUAAAUAACGACAUUUCUAACAGGAAUAAUACAAAUUCUUUACUUGCUGCAGAAAAUUCUUUAGCUUCUAGUACAACAAAUACCGUACAUUCUCAGUCCGAAAAUGAUAACCAAAUGCCAGUUAAGAUGGAAAAUUUUUCAACCGAUUAUGAAGACUCUAAUACAGAAAAAACUUCUAGUUCAUUGGGUGAACCAGUAGAUUCUCCGACUUCUCAAAUUUCUGAAAAAGAAACACUAAAAAAUUGUGGUGUUUUGUCUGGAAAAAAAGAGAGAAAAAAAUAUUUUUGUGAUAAAUGUUUUAAAGUAUUUAAUUCUUCAAACGCUUUAAAAUAUCAUGAUUUUGCUCAUAGUGGAAAAAGGCCAUUUCCCUGCGAAGAGUGUGGAAAAAGUUUUUUCGCUCAAAAUGCCUUAAGAGCCCAUUUAAGAGUUCAUUCAGGUGAAAAACCUUUUACAUGUGUCGAUUGCGGACGGGCAUUUAGACAGUGGGGCGACUUAAACUAUCACCGAAUAUCUUUACAUUCAAACGAAAAGAAUUUUCAAUGUGAGUUUUGUGGAAAAGCUUUUGCUCGAAAAUAUUCUUUAGUUAUUCAUCGAAGAAUCCAUACGCAAGAAAAGAAUUAUAAAUGUGAAUUUUGCCCAAAAACAUUUCGAGCUAGUUCAUAUCUACAAAAUCAUAGGAAGAUUCAUACCGGUGAGAAACCAUAUGAAUGUCCGACAUGCAAUAAGAAAUUUCGUGUAUGUGGUGAUCUUAGGCGUCAUCAGAAGAUACAUGAUAGAACUAAACAAGUGCAUGUUGAUGAAAUAUCUUUAAGUAAUGUUACCGCUCUUCAACUAUCUGAUACUGUACUAAAUAUAGAAGGACAAGAAAAUAACACUUUUAUUGAAUAUGAUAAAUCAAAUAAAAAUCAAACAGAUCUCAACACAACAGUUUUCAUGUAUUCAUCAGAUGGUAAUCUUGAUCAACUUUUUAAGACUGACAACAUUUCAAAUCAAAUAAAAGAUAUUUCAUCAACAACAUUACCAUUAAAUAUAACCGGUAAUGCCGCAGAAAUAAAAAACUUGAUUAAAAAUGAUAACAAUAUAAGAAAGCUAGCGUUAUCAACAUCUUCAACAGAAUUUUCAUCUAAGUUAACACCAGCAGAAUCAUUGGUUACAACAUCCAAUGCAAAUAAAAAAGUUUCAAAUAAAAAUAAAAAACAAAAAAGUCGUGAAAAGGUGACGUAGUUUUAGAAGAAUAUAACUUUUAUUUCUAGUUAUUGUAGUUAUUUUAAAGUCGUUUUCAAUAUUCGUUAUAUUAACGAAAUCACGGCAAUGUUAGAGUUUCUUUUCACAAUCAUUUUAAUUUUAUUUAAUAAGUUAUGAAGAUUUUUCAAAUAUAUUUUAAAAACUGAUUAAAUACAAAUUUUACUUUCAUCUUUUAAUUAUCUCAAAAUAUCGAUCAUACAUAUUUGUAUAAACAAUUUUUGAGUCAAACCCCAACAUAUAUUUUGAUCAAAUUGAUCUAUAGAACUUUACGAUUAACUUAACACAAACAAAUUUUACUGACAAAAUGAGUUUAGAACUCUUAUAGGGAAUCUUAAGUAAUUGGAUAAAUUCUUUAUUCAUCUCCUGUUGAAAGCUUACUUUACAAGAGAUUUAAUUACAUCUUAAAAAUCAGCUUUUUGCAAGUGAAAAAAUUACAGUCUUAAUUUUCAAAAAACUGAUAUUUUUUUAAAUAAAACUUUAUUUAGA